AGCUAUUUAUUAUUGCAAAAAUGGAUAUAAAUGAAAAUUUAGAAGCACAACUGAAAAAGGAAGAAGCAAUAGGAAAUUUAAUAAAAUUGGACUUUCCAUUGUAUGUCAAUUCUAUUAAACUUGAUGGAGUAAAAAAAACACGUAGAAAUUUCUUAGAACAAAUCUUUAAUCCUAUACUUAAAGCUAGAACACUUGGUUCAAUUAUUGAUGAAAUUCAAAUAUCCAUUGAUAAAUUGUACCGUCUUGACAUUUUCGAGAAUUUUGAUAUAUUACUUGACACUAGUAACAACCAAUUGACUCAGAUAGAUGUAAUUGAUGUUUUAUUGUCGGUGGAGGAAAAGAAGAGGUUUUUUAUGAAAACUGGCACAGAGAUUGGAAACGAUUCUGGAAGUGCGAAUUUGUCAUUGAAUGUUCGUAAUCUUUUCGGUGGUGCAGAAACAUUGGAAGCCUAUAUGGCGACUAGCACUCAAACUUCGCGCAUAUUCCAGUUUUGUUUAGCAACACCAAUUAAUGGAAAUCCAGAUUCCAAAAUUGACAUUUCAGCUUUUAGAAUGACAAAAAGUAAUCAGUUGUACAGUUCUCAUGAUGAAAUCUUAAAAGGUUCUGCAUUAAGAUGGAGAGGAAUAUCAAAAUUAGGAUUUCACGAAUUGAAUUAUGGUCUUAUUUGGAGGCAAAUUUGCAAUAUUAAUAAUGAUGCGACUCUAAGUAUACGUGAAUCUGCAGGUCAUUCAUUAAAAUCAUCCAUAAGUCAUACUUUUAUUUAUGAUAAGCGCGAUGAUAUAAUAUUACCAUCCAGUGGUUAUUACUUCAAAUUAUUUCAGAUUUUUAGUGCCUCAUUAAGAAAUGGAAUUUUGUAUCCAUUAAAAGACAAAUCAAAUAUUAGUGAUAGAUUUUUCCUUGGGGGUGCUCAAUCUGUAAGAGGAUUUAAAUUAAAUGGCCUUGGUCCAAGGGAAGAUAAAAAGGAUUCUUUAGGUGGUGAUAUUUAUUUAGCAGGUGGGAUUAGUUUAUUCACUCCAUUACCAAAAUUAAGGAAAUAUCCUGUUAAAGGUCAUUUAUUUAUAAAUGGAGGUAGUUUAAUAGAAUUUGAUUCUCGUAGAAAUUUCCUUAAUAAUUUCAAAAAUCUGACAAAAACACCUAGUAUAUCUGCCGGCAUAGGUAUUGCAUACAAAAGUAGCAUUUUAAGAUUUGAAAUAAAUUUUUGUUUGCCAUUAAUUGCAACAGCCUCUGAUAAAUUAAAAAGAUUCCAGCUAGGUUUAGGAAUAAAUUUCUGGUGA